CUCGGUGCGUGCAAGCAAAGGAGGAUCCUGUAGAAUAUUGUGGGUGGGACGUUAGAGCAGCUGUGACUUAUAAACCAUACAUUCCCGGUGCAGCGACGCUUUAACCUCCUGUCGGGCUCCAGACUGAGUAAAUUGUCUCCAGAACAGCUUUCUGCACCUCCAGUUUGGAAAAACACUCUUUCUACAAUGGCAGCAAUCGGAAACCGUGGUACAGUGACCGAGGCGGCUGGUUUCGACCCAGACGCAGAUGCCCAGAGGCUUAGAGGAGCCAUGAAGGGAGCUGGCACUGAUGAGGCAGCAGUCAUCGAAGUCCUAGCGCAUCGUACUAUUGCCCAGAGGCAGCGCAUCAAAGAGGCCUACAAACAAACAAUUGGGAAGGACCUGGCCGAUGAUCUGUCCUCAGAGCUGAGUGGGAACUUCAGGAGUGUCGUUCUCGGUCUGCUCAUGCUGGCGCCUGUUUAUGAUGCCUACGAGCUGAGAAAUGCAAUGAAGGGGGCUGGAACAGAAGAGGCUUGUCUCAUCGAUAUUCUCGCUUCAAGGACUAAUACUGAAAUAAAAACCAUCAAUGCCUUCUACAACAAAGAAUAUGGAAAACAGCUGGAAGAUGCUGUGUGUGGAGACACAUCUGGAAUGUUUCAGAGAGUUUUGGUCUCUUUGCUCACAGCUGGACGGGAUGAAAGCGAUACAGUGAACGAGGCCCAGGCUAUUCAAGAUGCCAAGGAAAUCUAUGAGGCUGGCGAGGCUCGAUGGGGCACAGACGAGGUUAAAUUCCUCACAGUGCUUUGUGUGAGGAACCAAAAACAUCUGCUGCGAGUGUUCGAGGAGUAUCAGAAGAUUUCUGGGAGAGACAUUGAGGACAGCAUUAAGAGGGAGAUGUCUGGCUGCCUGGAGGACAUCUUCCUGGCCAUAGUGAAAUGCGUGAGAAACAAGCCAGCGUUCUUUGCAGAGCGAUUAUACAAAUCAAUGAAGGGGCUGGGCACCACAGAUAGCGUCCUCAUCAGAAUAAUGGUUGCCAGAGCUGAGAUCGACAUGUUGGACAUUAAGGCGCAGUUCCUGAAGAUGUAUGGCAAGACUCUCUACUCCUUCAUCAAGGGAGACACAUCUGGUGACUACCGCAAAAUCCUGCUGGAGCUGUGUGGGGGCGAAUAAAAGAAACAUCAGAGUAACAUCCACCUCUGUCUAUAUUCUGCAGACAACAUUAUGAGCUUUUUGUUUUUGUAUUUCUUUCUUCUAUAACCUUCAUAUUUCAAUGAGUGACCACAGUGCCUAGCUUUACCAUUUGUAAUACCAAUUAAACUGACUGGUGACCUUUUA